AUGUACGCGCUCUCGCUGACCGUCCUGGCCUCGACCUGGCUUGUUGCUGCCCAGAACGAUGACGUUUACCAUCCUCACGGCGCAUUCGCUUUCAUCAGAUCUGGAGAGCACACACCGGUUCUGACGGGUGACACCCAGGUUCUCACUGCAGUGGGUGCGAACCAGAUGUACCAACUGGGACAGAACCUCAGAGCCAGGUGGAUUGAUAGCAGUGGCAAUGCGGAACUCGGUAGACAGAACAUUGCAAACAUGUCGGUCGACAUGAUAAACAACGACCAAAUCUCUAUCCAGACGUUGGACACACAGUACCUUGUGUCCUCGGCGCAAGCCUUGAUGCAGGGCAUGUACCCUCCACGUGCUCUCAGCAACUCGACUGGGCUCGGGGACGCGACGGGUCUACUGGCGGACGGCACGAUUGUUCAGGCGCCCUUGGAUGGCUACCAAUAUGCGACUGUCCAGUCGUUCAGCCCGUUUGCCUACAACUCCAUCUACAUUGCUGGGAAUCAGAACUGCCCCAUGGCGAAGCUACAGUCUCUGCAGUACCUGGUGACUGACAGCUUCGGAAACACCAAAGCAAGCAGCAAGGAAACAUAUGACAAGUUGCAGACGAGCUGGUUCCAGGGCAACUUGCUCGAUGAUCAGAGAGAUUAUGAUCAUGCGCUCGACAUCUACGACUAUCUCUCCUACCAGUACACACACAACCGCACCAUCUACGAAGGGCUUACCGGUAGCCCCAUGUACACCGGCGUGUACAACGCAACGCGCUACUAUGCGGACGAAUACGCCUGGAACUUCUGGGGCAACACUGCCUCUUCUGGGAACAACACCGACAAUCAAGCCACGGGCGGCAAGACUCUCGCAGCAGAGAUUCUACACCAGUUCCAAGACCUCGUCGCAUACAGCAGGAAUCACAGCGCCACGACUGACGCGGCUUCUCUCAUCGCCCUCCUCUUCGGCGAGAAGGACUCUUUCAUCAGCUUGUUGAGUCUGAUGCUCAUGGAUGUUCGCGACAAGAGCUUCCGCGCCAUUCCACCUUUUGGCAGCGCCAUGAUCUUCGAGCUCUUCUCCAUAGGGCAAAACGACACGUUUCCGCAAGACGACGACGACCUGUGGGUGCGCUUCUACUACCACAACGGCACCACCGACUUCAACGGCCAGCUGAUCGCAUUCCCCAUGUUCAACCACGGACCCAGCCAGACGGACAUGAAGUGGAACAACUUCCAGAUGAUGUUCAGCCGCAUCAUGGUGAACACGAUUGCAGACUGGUGUGAGACGUGCAGCUCGCCGAGUCUGUUCUGCACCGGCGUGAACCAAGACCCGAUCACGGCGUCGAGUCCGAAGAAGCAGAACAGCAACAAAGACCACACGCUCUCCCCAGCCGUCGCCGGCGUCAUCGGCGCACUCGUCACCCUCGCCCUCGCUGGCUUGCUCUUCGCUCUCGCCAUGCUGGCAGGCGGCCUCCGCUUCCACCGUGUACAGCGCCGCCCGGCCUCGACGCUAGGCGGCUUCAAAGGCUCUCGCAAGCUGGCCUCCGACCCAGACGUGGCCGGGCUAUCCAAGAGCGGUGCGCUGCCCGCGGGAAUCGUGAGCUUCGGCGCCACCACCAACAACACGGCGGCGGCGGCUGACAGCGAUGGCAGGGCCAGGCACGAGAGAGUGGGGAGCUGGGAGUUGAGGCAGAAGGAGUUUGGGGGCUAUGAGAGCGGAGAUGUGGGCGAGGGGUUUCAUAGCCCGAGAGAGAGCUUCGAGCCUAUCGACGCUGUGGCUGGUGGUCGGCCGGUGCAGCCGCGGGAGAGCGUCUGA